AUGACAACGGCCCCGUGCUGCCUCCACUUCCUGUUACGUCACUUCCGCUGCCGCCACCCGGCCUUGCUAGGCUCCCAAUGGGAGCUCCCACCAGGGGGUGCCACGCCGCGGCCCGCCCCGCUGGGGCCGCUCUAUCCCGCUCACCCGCGCUUUGCAGGCUGGGGGAGGAGCAGACGAGUUCGCCGGAAGCGCGGGGUCGCUCUGGGCCGCGCUCGCUGCUCUGGGAGGAGUGACGGCAGCGGCGGCUGAGGGAAGAUGGCGGAGGCGGCGGCGGCGGUGCAGCAGCACCGGUUCUUUUGCCACAGCUGCAAGGGCGAGGUCAGCCCCAAGCUGCCGGAAUACACCUGCCCUCGCUGUGAGUCUGGCUUCAUUGAGGAAGUCACUGAUGAUUCCAGUUUUUUUGACAGCAAUUCCCUGGACGAUAGCCCCUCCUCCCAGUUCUCAGAGCUCUGGGACCACCUGGACCACGCCAUGUUCUUCCCGGACCUGCGGCCCUUCCUGGACGCCGAGGGCCGGGAGGCGGAGCGGGGGCCCCCGGCCGAGCUCUGGGGUCCCGGCCGCCCCCCGCGGCUGGCCCUGCCCCGCAGGUACCGCGCCCGCGGCAGCGCCCGGCCCGAGCGCUCGCCCGCCAUCGAGGGGAUAAUCCAGCAGAUCUUCGCCGGCUUUUUCGCCAACUCGGCGGUUCCCGGCUCGCAGCACCCCUUCUCCUGGAGCGGCAUGCUGCACUCCAGCCCCGGCGAUUACGCGUGGGGACAGAGCGGCCUGGACGCCAUCGUGACGCAGCUCCUGGGGCAGCUGGAGAACACGGGGCCGCCGCCGGCUGACAGGGAGAGGAUCUCGUCGCUGCCCACGGUGCCGGUGACGCAGGAGCAAGUCGACACGGGGCUGGAAUGCCCGGUGUGCAAGGAGGAUUACACCGUGGCGGAGCAGGUCCGGCAGCUGCCCUGCAACCACGUCUUCCACAGCAGCUGCAUCGUGCCCUGGCUGGAGCUGCACGACACGUGUCCGGUCUGCAGGAAGAGCCUCAAGGGGGAAGAUUCCAGCAGGCAAAUCCCAAAUCCCGACUCUUCCGACAGCCCAGUGCAGGAGAGAUGGACUUUCUGACCUUUCUGAAAAAGUCCUGGAACCUUCCAGAAGCUUCCAGAGGCAUCCCAGCUCGAGGUGUACAUUGAGAAUUCCAACAAACCCCCCCGAGUAGCAGGAAUUAGGGGGCCCACCCUGUGGGAUUGCAGCACCGAGCGCUCUUCUCCCAGGAAUUUAUCCUUCUGCUCCAUGGAAUUGCCUCGUUAGCCCUAAAUUGGGAAUUUUUGGGAGUGAUUUGGAUUUCAUUUUUUGUAUCAGGAAAGGUUUUUGGUUGUUUUUUUGGUUUUUUUUUUCCAGUAGGGGCCUGAUCCAAAGAGGGGUUCCAAGUCUCCUCGUAGCCUUCUCUGGAAAAAAGGUUGGGAUAAAAAGGGGAUUUUUGGGAUCUUCCUGCACUCCAGGAGGUUGGAAUUGUAGCCACGAGAGAUUUUAUUGCCCCAUUUUGGGAUGGAAUCCUUGGGGGUCUAUAAAAUCAUGGCAGGUGGAAGAAGGAAGGUUCUGGAGCCCUUCCUUGGGGGGGUUGGACCCUCAGGAGCCGCCGUGGUCCUGGAAAGGCUCUGGGAACGCUGUGGGGUCAGGAAUGCUCUGAGCAGGGUUUUGUCUCGUCCUGGACUAUUUUUGGGCUUGAUUGGGGUUUUUUUCUGACCCUUUUCCACGUUGCCUGUGGCCCCAGGUGUGUCCAAACCCCCCCUCUGCCCCCCACGAGUCAUUCCAGGCAGGAAUUAUGGACCACUCCCUUGGGAAUCCCCCCGCCCUCCCCUUUAACUUAAGGAAACUCUUUAUUUUUCCUCAUUAUUUGGUUGUUUUGAGAGGUUUGGUUUGGUUUUUUUUUUUUUUGGGUUUUUUUUUCCCGUUUCAUGUGACUUUUCCAGGUCUGAAUCCUGGGAGUUUUCCUCAUCCUCGUGGUAUCCACUGGCUGCCCUAAAGUGGGGGGGACACUGUGACCCCCACCCCACGCUCCCAAACCCCUUGGGCUCCGUGGUUCCGCACCCACGUGGAUUUCAUUCCUGGUUUUCUUUGCUCUUCCGUCCAAUAAAGGCCUUUCUCAAGGAAUUCCCAUUCCCAGGUCAUCCUUGGAGCUGGGAAAGGGGAGCAGGAGCUUGGGGAGGGUGGGGGGCACAAAUGAGCCCAGGAAAAGCUUUUUUUGGGAAGGAAACCCCGAUUUGCUCUGUUUGUCCCCAAGGGAGGAGAGCCAAAGGCCUCCUGCUGUGCUGGGACACUUUGUCCCUGUCCUCCCUGGGACACAGGGACACCCCAAUCCCAGGGCAGGACUGUGGAUCUGCAAAGAUUGGGAAAAUCCAGCUGGGUUUAUAAAUUCAUCCCGGUGCUUCCCUC